GUGCGUAGCACGGAGGCACACGAUCGGCGGACAGUGGUGCUGGUGAUGCGCGAUCGUGAAGAUCUCUCUUCCGGCGACGGUAGAGCUACCAACUAGUCCCAGGGGCCCUUUGUACGGGGGGACCUCGAGUAAGUUCCGAAGCUGAUCGCACGUGGUUCGCGCGCCGAUCGUCCUCGUUGCGAGUGAAGAGCGAAGGUAACCCCCGGGCUCGAGUGGAUGCUUCAGAGUUCGCAGAAUUUCGGAUCGAGCCUUCUUCUUCGCGUGUAACACUCAGGAGGAGCGUCCUCGUGCAGACGAAUGAGAAAAUACCAAUUGUGCCUGGUGUAUGUGUGUGAUAGAAACGAGUAGAUGGGGCGCUCGCUUGAUCGUUAAUACAUAUUUAUGCUGAUACCGAGCAGAACAAACGACAGGUCGAGAUCGCUCCAACCUCGUCGGUAUAAAUCGAAGUACAAAACUACUUAGAUUCGACGUGCUCUCACUUUGAUAUCGAAGCCGCGCGUAAAAAAGUCCAAGGCAAAUGGCGGUUGUCACUCGUACGAGCAUCGGACGACCGACAUUAAUCAUUGGCUGAUCGAAUGUCGGGGUGGUAUCUUCGAUACAAACGACUCGAGAUGGAUGACACAGUGAUUAGUUAGUGAGACCGUGCUCGCGGUCGGAACUUCAAUCUGGAUCGCAAUUCAAUAAUUUGUGCUCACCACACAUGUGCAACAUACGGUGCGUACGCCAACGUUUUAAUCGGAAAGACGAAAGUGCUCCAAUUGGCGACCCCGUAUGAAGAAAUAUCGAGAGAGAGAGAGAGAGAGAGAGAGAGACAAGCACAUACACACAUACACAUAGUCGUUGACAACGGAUAUCAUUGAAACCCAAGUGCCUUUGGUUCAUUUAGAUUUGUUCCUUUGUAAGGAAAAUGUUCCACAAAUAGAGGAAUAGAGACGUUCGAGGAGAGAGAUCGUGAAUGUGUCGUGUGCGGACGGAAACAUCACCUUCAUGGCAAGCACCGUCCGAAAGUCUCUUCUGCAGGAACCGCUUUGAUAUUCGGUCGGCCUGAACGUCGCUUAGGGAAACCUCCUUUAAACUUGGAGAUCGCGAUGGCGACCAUGGGAGUGACGGUGUUCUGCAACAGGGUGCAGAUCAACGGCAACGAUCAGGAACAGCUGAUGCUGCUGCGAACGUUACAGGACAACGAGAGCAACAUCAUCGGCAACCAACCGCUGAUCGUGCCGAAAAGCAACGUCGUCGGCAACACAACAAGUUCCACGGCGGUGUUACCCCCUUACGAUCCCUCCAGACUGAAGAAGCACGGUAAGAAUGGGCAACCGCCGCCCGUCGCCGUUGCUCGGCGAAACGCUCGGGAACGAAAUCGCGUGAAGCAAGUGAACAAUGGAUUCGCUACAUUGAGACAACACAUUCCGAGCCACAUCGCCGCGGGUUACGGGGACAGGGGUAAGAAGCUGUCCAAGGUGGAGACCCUCAGGAUGGCGGUGGAGUACAUCCGAGGCCUUCAGAGACUGCUGGCCGAGGCUGACGGCGUCGAGUACGAUUCCAAUGCCGGUGCCGGCGCGCAGUGCGUCCCUUCUCCGACCAGCAGCGUCGUCUCAUCGACCCACAACGGUUCCGGCGAGAGACUCGCUCUCGAGGACGACGUACUGGCCGUGGAAGACGACGAGGCGGAGCAACUGGACGAAGAGGAGGACGGGAAUAAUGUGAAGUCGAGGAUCACGUUGUCCAGAUUAUCCCCCAAUCGGACGGCCGACCCAUCGCCGCGCGAAUAUUACGCGUCCCCGGCCGGCGACGAGGAGAACUUGGAGCCGCGCACCAUAACGAGCGGACAGAAUUUCUCCCGAAAUCUCUCGCCGAACUCCGUAGCCUCGCCGCCGUCCGAAUAUUACGCCCAAAACGAGGAGAAUCUGGAGCCGCAGAUCCUGUCGCCCUACAGCGGCGCCGGUGACAGCGAAGAGGGCGCGACUACCAUUUACGCGACCAGUCCGGAUACCUUCUCGGGGGCCCUCUACUACAAGCAAGAGAUCACCGAGACGGGGGAAUUCAUGGACGUCGUCAGCUGGUGGGAACAGGAACAGGGCAGGCUCGUUCAUCAACAGCACACGCAACGGCUGACGCACGUGUAACCAUAGUUAUAGAUUCCAACUAGGGAAGUCCAAUAUUUCGCAACGAUUCGAGGUCCAAUACACGCUGUCACAAUACGCCUCGAUGAAAUUUCGCAUGAUCUCAUCUUCCAUCCAGAACGAAGAUUCACUUACGGAAAUACGCAACAUCCGAACUCCACGCGCGAGCGUCACGUAUUUGUGAUCGACAAUGAAAGUUGGAAAAUCGUACUUAUACAGUAACAACAGUAUUCGGACGUCGUGCAAAAUUCAUUCUCGCCGUCUCGUCUUUUGGAUCAUCGUAGAAAAGUAUAACUCUCACGGAGAUGUUGAAUGUUUAUUUAAUAGAAAUAAUAUAUUUAUUUAAGAAAUUAAAUAUCACACACAUAUCAUCACACGUAUUAGAUCGGAUUAAUUUCACAAAUCGGAACAAUUUGUUCUGUCGUCGUCGUACUCUUGACCGCGACGUGUACUCUCGGCUAUAUUAAUUAUUUUUCUAAGGGCAAUAAAGAGAGAAAGAGAAAGAAAGAAAUACGUUAAUUCCCUUUAGCAAUGACAUUUCGCGCUUCCAGAAAGAAAUACUUGUUCGGCCAUUCGUGCGUCGUACGUAUACAUAUAACACGAAUAGUUAAUUUAGUUAUAUGACGAAUUUGAUUUAUUAUUGAAGUCACUUUUUAUUAAUAUAAAAGAAUUGUUUGCCGCGUAACUAUAGAAUUAUGAUAUGCGUGAGGUAUUAUCAGAUAAGAGCGAUAAUUCGUGUUAUACGAAUAUCAUUGUGAUCGUUGAUACGAUAUGUUUAUUAAAUUUUUACACUACUCGCGUGUUUAAGAUUUAAGAAGUGAAAGAAGUAAAUGCGACAUUCUUAAUUUAUAUAAAGACAA